AAUGUGCUGUAGGGGUUUACUCAGGCUCUAUAAUCAUGUCUGACUGCUCUCUACUAGGCAGAAGGUGAAGAAGAUUGUCACUCUGAUUUGGUAAGAACCGAUGACAAUGAAAGACCCGGUGAAGCAAAUCUUCAGGCAGAGCUCCAGAUGUUCAGAGCUCAGUGGAUGUUUGAGCUUGCCCCAGGUAUGAGUUCUAGUGGGUUGGAACCUCUGCCAUGCAGAGCAUCUUCAAAAGGACCUGGAGUAAAGUCUGUAGAUGCCAGAAGGAAACAGGAGAUAGCAAAAGAGGAAAAGGCAAAAGAACUUUUCCUGAAGGCAGUGGAAGAAGAACGAAAUGGGGCCCUUUACGAAGCCAUCAAGUUUUAUCGUCUAGCAAUGCAGCUUGUACCUGACAUAGAGUUUAAGAUCACUUAUACACGGUCCCCAGAUGGUGAUGGAGUUGGGAACAGGUGUGUCGAGGAUAACAAAGAGGAUGACAAGAUGGCUGAUCUCCUGUCUGAUUUCCAGCAGCAGUUGACUCUUCAGGAAUCUUCAGUCAAACUUUGUCAACCUGAGGUUGAUGUCAGCCAGACCCAUAUCUCAGCGUUGCCUAUGGAAGUACUAAUGUAUAUUUUCCGAUGGGUGGUUUCGAGUGACUUGGACUUAAGAUCAUUAGAGCAAUUAUCUCUUGUUUGUCGAGGAUUUUACAUUUGCGCCAGAGAUCCUGAAAUCUGGCAUCAAGUCUGUUUGAAAAUAUGGGGUAGGAGCUGCAAUAAGCUUGUUCCAUAUGCCUCUUGGAGGGAAAUGUUUCUGGAGAGGCCUCGUGUUCGCUUUGAUGGUGUCUAUAUCAGCAAGACAAAAUACAUACGUCAAGGAGAACAAUCUCUUGAUGGUUUCUAUAGAGCGUGGCACCAAGUGGAAUAUUACAGGUAUUUGAGAUUCUUUCCAGAUGGCCAAGUUAUGAUGCUAACAACUCCUGAAGAUCCUCAAUCUAUAGUUCCUCGCUUACGGACUAAAAAUACAAGAACGGAUGCAAUCUUGCUUGGCCAUUACCGCCUUUCCCAGGAAACAGACAAUCAAACCAAAGUAUUUGCUGUAAUAAUGAAGAAAAAGGAAGAGAAACCAAUUGACUGCCCCAAAUGCAGGUAUUUCCGACGUGUUCCUGCACAAGAGACAGAUUACAGCUUUCAUGUAGGACUACAGUUGUGCUCCAGUGGGCGCCAGAGGUUCAACAAACUUGUCUGGAUACAUCAUUCUUGUCACAUAACCUACAAAUCCACUGGUGAGACAGCUGUUACGACUUUCGACAUUGACAAAGUGUACACCCCUUUGUUCUUUGCACGAGUGAAGAGUUUUACUGCAUUUUCAGAAAAGCCGCUCUAAGAAACACCUUUUCCCCUCACAGCUCUUGCAUGAAUAAAAGAUUUUAUAAAUCAGUCUGCUUAAAAUUUGGAUUUUCAUCUGCCUGGACACUGGUUUGUCCAAAAGAAAUCAUUAUAGGAAAAUCUCACUGUCCAUGGGGCAGUGUGCGUGGUCUCUGGUGAGGGCUUGAAAUGUGAAUAGGAGAAAGUUGUCUUAUAUCUGUUAAACUGUGUGAUUUAAAAGAACUUCAAAUAAAUGUUUUCUU